AUGUCGUCUCCAAGCAUCGGAGUUAUCGUCUGCAGCCAGCGGGUUCCCCGUGCAGGACUGCAAAUCACCAAUUUCGUGCUGAAUACCAUCCAGAAAGCAUAUCCGACCGCCAACCUGCGUCUUAUCGACCUCGCUACCUGGAAUCUCCCCAUGUGCAACGAACCGGGCAUCCCAUCGCUCAUCGCCUCGUCAGAUGGAUACACGCACGAGCUGACCAGGAAAUGGUCCGAGGAGAUUGCCUCGCACGCGGGAUUCAUCUUCGUCACACCGCAGUAUAACUGGGGUUAUCCGGCUAGCAUCAAGAACGCCAUUGACUAUCUCUACAACGAAUGGAAGGGAAAGCCCGGGAUGAUUGUCAGCUACGGCGGACAUGGCGGUGGCAAGGCCGCUCAGCAGCUGUAUCAGGUUUUGCAGGGCCUUCGUAUGCAGCCUGUUGAGCCUCUUGUGGGUUUGGUGUUUCCGUCAAAGGAGUUUAUGGGGAGAGCAGCCAGGGGUAUUUGGGGGGAUGGCCGGGAGCAGAUCCUUACCGCGUUUCAGGUUCUGUUCAAUUCGUUGCAAGGUCCAUAG